AACGUUGCCAGCGUGACUGACCUUGACCCAGCUGACCCUCCGUCGUCUUUCCUCAUGGAUUCUCAGGCUGGCGGUAGGCCCGAUGCGCCGUGUUUGUUGCCUUUGAUAGCGAAGGCCGUCAAGUUAUCUCAAGAGUUGCCUACUGUUAACACGCCCGCUUUCGUUUAUUACAAUGACUUUCCUCAUUAUAAAGCGGUGGCUGCUGGACAAUCAAGACGUAUCCUUUCAGUUAUUCAGAAAAUGUUGGAUAUCCUGGACGCUAAGUCCAAUGUUCUCGAUAUCACGAAUACGAAUUCUCGAGAAAAGUUCUCUUCUAUCGUCGACGCUAAUGAUAGACUCCUUGAAAGACUGUCAAUGGCAAUGGACUUCGAAGAAGAUCCUAGUCGAAAGUCGUCUAGGCUUACUGCCCCCGAGUCCCUUGUCGUGGCUGUUGAGAAAAGACAGCACACUUCUCUUGAGUGGUUGAAAAAUAAGUCAGAGGCGCAAGAUUCUGAUGGGUUGUUGAGGCUACUCAGUUCUACCCAUGUUCGCCGACCUCAGUCUUUGUUUUCUACCCCACCGGACAAUUCCGCUUCACCCUUCAGGCCUAGAUUAGCCUACAAACCCAAUGCAAUUCGCUCACUUUCACUUUCUCUUCCAGACCAACUUCCUGAUGAUGAAGAGGCUCCUCAUCCGUAUGAAGCAGAGCUAGCGUUUUUCGCUACUGCUUUAGCGAACUGGGAGCCUCUGCAGGUUACCAGUCUUCCAGCACCAUUAGACACCAACUACCAGUUUAUCGAUCAGCCGGAUGCUCUAGAUAUGGCAAUCAAAGAACUUUCCACUCAUUUGGAAGUUGCGGUAGACCUGGAGCAUCAUAACUACAGAACAUAUUUUGGUAUCACCUGUCUCAUCCAACUGAGCACAAUAAGCAUGGACUAUGUACUUGAUGCACUGGCUUUGCGGGACCACCUGUAUAAACUCAAUGAGAUAUUUACCAAUCCGAAAAUAAUCAAGGUUUUUCACGGUUCUGAACUGGAUCUUAUGUGGCUGCAACGCGACUUUAGCGUCUAUGUUGUGAAUCUGUUCGACACAGGUUUGGCAGCUCGCGCGUUGCAACUUGGGCAUUAUUCGCUAAGCUAUCUUCUCCAGCGCUAUGCCAAUGUUCGGACCUGCAAGAAGUAUCAAUUGGCUGAUUGGCGCAUAAGGCCGCUUCCGGCUGAGUUGAUCGAAUAUGCCCGAACGGAUACACACUACUUGUUAUACAUCGGGAGUCUUCUCUGCCAAGAACUACAAGACCGCGGACUACUUCAUGUCGUUUUGGAGAGAGGAAGGCAGAUGUGUCUCAAGUGUUACACAAAGCCGCCCUUCGAUCCACUUGGAUACAUGAAUCUUUACAAACACGCUGCCGGAACAAACUUCAAUCACCGGCAACUUUACGCCCUGGAACAAUUGUACGCGCUGCGCGACUCCAUCGCACGAAGAGAGGACGAAAGCGUCCAUUAUGUGCUUCCAAAUCACAUGUUAAAAGUGAUUUCUGAAGUGUUGCCGAGAGAAAGCUCUGGGUUGUUCGCCUGCUGUAACCCUAUUCCUCCUUUGGUGCGAAAAUACGUUCACGAUCUUCACAAAAUCGUUCUGGACGCCCGGGAUCGGUUACUCAGUGAACUGCCAUUAACAGCUGAUUCUGGUCUAACUGAUGUCGCGAAACCUGAGUCGGAGGACUCCGUUGUUUUGGAUACAAGCGCUUAUGCUGACCUCCAACGCUCCCAACCUGCUCUUCCACAUGACCAGUCCGGCGGACAUGACACAAUCGGCGUUCAACGGAUUACUGGGGCUGCAGACGCUUAUAUAUCUUCCUUUGAUUUUUUCUGGCGCGAUGGGAACUUAUUGCGUGUCUUUUAUUCGAAUGUUGAUUAUUAA